UUCCUUCCUAACUCCUCACUUCAUAGUGCUGCGUACUAAAAACAUCGGACGCUAGGGGAUCAAGACGCAUGCCACAUUGCCUCUAUGAGGGCACUUUAACAGAUCUUUCGGGGUUUUUUUCCCAGUAAGGGGGCUGUGGAGGGAGGACGUUUUUUUUUUUUAUUUUCAUUGUCUGAUGACUGUUUGCACGGCUGAUUAUUGAGUUGAUUGUUUAUUAUUUUGGCUGUUGUUGCCCGACGCCCUGCGCGUUUUUUUCCUCCCUUUUUGGAAUCGGCAACCUAUCCCGCGCUCACCAAUGUCCUAUCCUCAGGGUUACCUCUACCAGCCCCCGGGCUCUCUGGCUCUUUAUUCUUGUCCGGCUUACGGGGCCUCGGCUCUGGCUGCUCCGCGGAAUGAAGACUUGGCGAGGUCGUCCUCUGGCUCAGCCUUCAGUCCCUACCCGGGAUCGGCAGCUUUCUCCGCCUCGGCCGGUGCCGGCUUCUCCAGCCCGCUGUCAUACUCCACGGACCCAACUACGGGAUUCCCAUCCUACAUGAGCUCUCCAUAUGACGCGCACACGACGGGCAUGGCCGGGGCAUUGAGUUACCACCCAUACGGGAGUCCGGGGUACCCCUACCAACUCAACGACCCGGCUUACCGCAAAAACGCCACCAGGGACGCCACGGCCACCCUGAAGGCCUGGCUGCAGGAGCACAGGAAGAACCCCUACCCGACGAAAGGGGAGAAGAUCAUGCUGGCCAUUAUCACUAAGAUGACCCUGACGCAGGUCUCCACAUGGUUCGCCAACGCCAGGCGGAGGCUCAAGAAGGAGAACAAGAUGACCUGGGCGCCCAGGAAUAAGAGCGAAGACGAGGACGAGGAGGACGGGGACGGGGAGAGGAAGGAGGUGGAGCGCUCUGAGAAAACCCUGGAUAACAGCGAGGCUUCAGCGGAGGACGAAGGUAUCAGCUUGCACGUUGACACCCUGACGGACCACUCCUGCUCGGCAGAGUCUGACGGGGAGAAGGUCAGCUGUCGUGUGGGAGAGCUGGGCUCCGACCGGGCCGGCGACAAAUGCGACGAGGACGACGACGACCAGAACCACGACCCGCGGGCUCAGCUCUCGCCCAAGCCCGUCACGUCGUCGCCUCUCACGGGAGUAGAGGCUCCGGUUCUCAGCCAUCACCACCACAACCACCACCACCACCACCUCCAACACCUCCACCAUCUCCACAGCCAGCGCGAGGAUUUGGCCCGGAGCCUCGUCAAUAGCAACAAUAUCAAUACCAAUAAAUCGUCCUCAUGCCUUGACAGCAGACCCUCAUCGGGGCCGCCUCAGAACCCCACAGUCAAGCCCAAAUUGUGGUCGCUGGCGGAGAUUGCUACCUCGGACCAAAAGCAGCAACAUCAGCAACAGCAACUGGGGCAGCCUGGGCAACCAAACUGCCCCUCCUCCAGCGGUGGCCUCCUUACUCCCCCCACGCCUUCUACCACCUCCCCGGCUGCCAGUUCCCCCUCCCUCUACUCGGCCCCCUCCAUCCUUGGAAGACCUAUUUAUUACACUUCUCCCUUUUAUAGCAAUUACACAAACUAUGGCAACUUCAGCCCCCUGCAGGGCCAAGGGAUCCUGCGGUACACUAAUUCAUCUGGAGUGAGUCUGGCUGCUGCCGCCGCCGCUGCCGCCGCCGCCGCCGUUGCAAACGAGGGUCUCAGCUCCUCUCACCAGGCUCUGGAGGCGAGCACAAACCCUAAACACAGGCCAGACUCCCCCCUCGUUAAAAAUAACCCAAACCAGAUUGUUGUUGUCGAGCAGCAGCAGCAGCAACAGCAUUUCAGAUCCGCAAAUUUAGAAGCAAAGAAAGGUACGUAAUAACCUGACGCGGCGCGCUGUAGAAGGCGAUUUAAUCUGGUGUUGAGUCUUGAGGUUGUGUUCUUCUUUCACGGGGGAGGGAAAUCGCACCACGGUGGAAGGAAAAUGAGCUCACUUGUUUCCAAUGCAAAUCAACUGGUUUUUCUUUGUGUCACUUGUCAUUGCAGUCACACUAUGGUAUGGUCUGGCAGGUUUGUUGCCUUAUAUAAAAAAAAGUAAAAUAAAAAAAAUACGACUCUUAUCAAGCGAGUUUGCAUGAGAAACAAGUGGCACCACUGGCAGAUUUCCACUUGCUUUAAGAUGAAUACGAUUUUGGGACUAAAUAUGAGACUAAAUGACUUAUUAUAGAUUUUACAGCGCCGUCUGAGUAAAUGAACCUGUACUAUGGCCUAUAAUUCGUUUUCAGCGCAGUGCAUUUUCUGAAAUAAUCAAUUUAUAAUUGUUCUCCAUGGUUUAACAAUAUGCACAUUUUGGUCUCUCUGACAUUGCAUCAUUACGCACGAGGCGAUGGGGACUUUCAUUUGCAACAAUCUCGCAUUAGGAACCAGUAGGUAUGUAAUAAGAAAAACCUAUUACAAACAAACGUGCUAGAGUACACCUACAGAUAGAGACAUCCAUAUAAACCCAUUUAAAGUCAGGCCUCUCCAUGCGCAUUUACGCACACAGACACACACACACAGUGGGCCUCCCAAAACCUUAUCUUCCAGCUCGGGAUAAUUAAAAUCACACAGGGUCAGCCAAAAGCAAACAAAUCAGUUAGUUUGCUCUGUGCACUCAUCGCGCAACUUCACAUCUUCAAAUGUCACUGAGGUGGUUGUGGCGCUCUCCUCGCUCACAUCCAAAGCUUUGCCUACACGCCGCUCGGUAGUCUGUAGUCGUUUUGUUGCUUUUUUAUUAGCGGUAAUUAGGCAGUGGGGAUUUUAAUAAGCACUCGCAGUGGAGCUGUUUUGGGUAGACUUUGUGCUUUCUGGGUUUGUGGAGGGAGUUUGAUCAUUUGAUCGUGUGGGAUUUUUUUUAUUUCCAUGGUCUGCAGGUAGGUGUCACAAUUGCUUUGAGUAUAAAGCGAGUUAAGGCCACCACCUUUUAGCCCCAUGUUUUAACCCCCAUAACCUUUACUCCAAACCGGAUCUAGUGCCACCAUAUAGUAGGAAUGAAAGCUGCUACCGCCUCCUCAGCUCCACACAGGCUGAGACUCUCUCUCACAGCACAUAUGUUUGUCAGAUUAUUACUGUUGUAUCAUUUCAGCUGUUUUGUUUUUGAUGCAUUGUGGAUAAUAAUUUCAUAUGCUGGUUUGAAAAAGAUCUCCCAUUAUAUGUGAUUUACAUGUUAUUUCUCAGGUUCCUAUAGUUUGCUUAUUUGCCACGGUAUAUUAUUUUAGUAGAUAUUUACGUGUGGAAAACAUAAUUUGGCCUUUCUAUGAAACCGUAUUUGUAAAAGGAGGCGUCUCCGGACGCAAAGCGGACGGAGCUGAAGUGAACUUGAGGACUUCAAAGUGGAAUAGCCUACAUUUGAUAUUUAUUUUUUUAAAUGAUGGCGAAAUGAUGCCUAUAAUUUAUGCAAGUUGUAUUGCAAAAAUGGGAAACUGACAUCGUCUGUUUGUUUUGUAAAUAUAUAUAUAUAUUAUGGACGGUUUUUAUUUGAGACGCAUUUGGGAAAAAGCUACACAAUCUUGUUAUCAGGAGAACUUUUACUAAUUUAUAUCUUUGAAUGUAAAUAAAAUAAAACACGCUGGUAUUGAUGUACUGGCGGGGUAUGAUAUUCAUUAUUCAAAGGAGAAAAUAUUAAACUGUUUUCCCAACUAUUA